GACAUGUCUGCAUAUGUCAAUGGCGCUGAGCUGUUGGUGGACGGGGGUUUGUUUGUCAAUUUGCAGUGAUGGCUGUUUAUCUAUGCAUGAUGUAGUUCUUCCCAAUUGUGCCUCGGCAUGUCGCCCCAUCUGAUGUUGCGUCCUCGGAGUUUUGUGUGCCGGCAGUUGAGCAGCAGCAGCAGCACUGAGCACUGACUGUAGACUGUAAUUGUAGUCAGUAGCAAGCACCUCCGCAAACUCACUCAACCUCACUCACUCACUCACUCACUCACUCAUCCAUCAGGAAGACAAGGGCCCCCAUCCCAUGCUCUCUCGCACCCUAGCAAGAGCAAGCACCAUCUCGAUCCGGCCAUCCUCACUCACCCUCGCACAAACGAGAACAAACGCAACCAUGCCUCCGGCCCCAUACAAAGAGGACAAUGCAAAAGGGCCCAUGCUUCGCUGGCAAGAAUCAUUGCCCAAGCUGCCCGUGCCCGAUCUCGAGCAGACGGCCGCCCGCUACAUCCAAUCCCUCAAGCCCCUCUUGAAGCCCAAUGAGCUGGAAAACUCCAAGCGGGCAGUCACCCAGUUCCUCAAGAAGGAAGGACCCGAGUUGCAGCAGAAGCUCAUUGCUCGCUCGCAAGAGCCCGGACGUGCCAAUUGGCUGUCGGAGUGGUGGGACUACAAUGCCUACAUGGCCUACCGUGAUCCAGUCGUCUUCAAUGUCUCCUACUUUUACUCCCACAAGGAUGACAGGACUCGUAAGGAACAGGCGGCCCGAGCAGCUGCUUUAUCGACCGGUGCUCUUGCAUUCAGAAAGCAAGUCAUCGAGGGCACCUUGGAGCCCGAAUACAUGAAAAAGUUGCCCAUUUGCAUGGACUCGUACAAGUACAUGUUCAAUGCAUGCCGAUUGCCACAACAGGAAGCAGACUAUGUCAAGAUGUACCCAACCUCAGGCGACUCGGAGUUCAUCCUUGCGAUGCGCAAGGGACGCUUCUUCAAAGUGCCACACACCAAGAACGGCAAGCAGCUCUCCACCGCUGAUUUGCAGCAACAGUUCCAAAAAGUGCUCGAUACAGCCACCUCGCCUGCCAAUGUACCUAUCGGCGCACUCACCUCUGAGAACCGCGACAAGUGGCUUGAAGCACGCGAAGUGCUCCUCAAGUCCAACAAGCAGCAGAUUGAGGAUAUCGAAAAGUCCAGCUUUGUUGUGUGUUUGGAUGAAGGCUCGCCCGUCACUUAUGAAGACCGUGCACGCACCUACUGGCACGGCGACGGUCUCAACCGAUACUUUGACAAGCCACUCCACUUCAUCGUGAAUGCAAAUGGUACAUCUGGCUUCUUGGGAGAGCACUCAAUGAUGGAUGGCACACCUACUCAUCGUCUCAAUGACUUUAUCUGCCAUGUCCUCAAAAACAACCAAGUCGACCACGGUGCAUCGACCGCUCAAUCCUUGCCAGCGCCCGAGGAGAUCACCUUCAAGCAACCAGAGCAAGUCGCGCCCGCUAUUGAAGCCGCCAAGAAGCAAUUUGCCGAGUUGCGCGACAUGCACGACCUCAAAGUCCUCAGCUACCAAGGAUUCGGCAAAGGUCUCAUCAAGCGCUUCAAGUCUUCUCCCGAUUCCUUUGUGCAGAUGGUCAUUCAGCUGGGUUACUACAAGAUGUAUGGAGAAUCGAGGCCUACAUACGAAUCAGCAGCGACCCGUCGAUUCCAGCACGGUCGCACAGAGACGUGUCGCUCCGUGAGCACUGAAUCCGUUGCCUUUUGCGAAGCCAUGACAUCGAGCACCGCUACCGUCACUGAACAAAUCGCUGCAUUCCGAGCAGCCAUCAAGUCGCAUGGCGAGUACAUCAAUGCUGCGAGCGCUGGUCUCGGUGUGGACCGUCACUUGUUUGGUUUGAAGCAGUUGCUGCCCAAGGGCGCUGAAUUGCCGGCACUCUACAAGGAUCCGGCUUAUGCCAAUUCAUGCAAGUGGUAUAUUUCUUCCUCGCAGCUCUCGUCAGAGCACUUCAAUGGUUACGGCUGGGGAGAAGUCGUCCCAGAGGGCUUCGGUAUUGCCUACAUGAUCAAUGAGAAUGAUCUCAACUUCAACAUUGUCUCGAGGCAUUUGGGAUGUGACAAGAUGGCAUACUACCUGAGGGAAGCGGCGGAUGAGAUGAAGGCGGUGCUGGAGACGGAGCUCGCUGCACCAAAAGCAAAGUUGUAAGGGCGCUUGUCUAUACGUUGUAGGCAGGAGGAGUCCGUAGAUACAAGCAUUCUGUCUGACUGAUUUGUACAUGAGCCAGGGUGCCUGCUCCCGCCGAUAAUCCUUAGUAAUUUA